AUGGCCGACCCUUUCGAAGUCCGUAUKCGCUUCACCCACCAACUGCAACACCUCAACGCCUCCACAAGCUCCGCGCACAAGGCCGCCAACUACGCCCUUCGUCACUCUGAAUUCAGCGAUGACCUGCACUCCUGCAUCCUCGAGCAGCUGGAACGCAAUAACAUGAAUAAUCGUGCCAACAUAAUGUACUUCCUCCCUGCCCUCUGCGAUACGGCCAAAGCUCAAGGGAAUAUCGGGUACGUCCGGAUGAUGGAGCGCGAUAUUCUCAGGAUCGUGGACCUCGUGGCGCCAGAUGAUGGGAGUGGGGCGGCGAAUGUCAAGGUUGUGAGGAAGGUGUUGAGAUUGCUGCAGGAGAGAACGUUCUUGCAAAGUCAGACUGUGCUGGAGCUGGAGGAAUGCAUAGUGGGWAGGGACAGUGGUGCGGGUGUGGAAGAUUCACCGAAGAAAGAGGUUGUGGAGAAAGAGGUUCGAAGUACUCCGCACUCAGUCUCAAGAGAAAAUGGUGGGACACAGGGGUAUAAUCCUGGAGUGAUCAGACUGGAUAAGAGGCAGAUUGAGCAGCGAAUCGAGGAGGAUCGCGAGAGGCAUAAGAGAGCUCGAGAAGGCAUUUGGGCCAUUGCACAGCCGAGUACCAAUCUCGCCACGGAUAUCGAGUUUGAGAGAUUGUGGGACGGAGGGAGUGAGGUCGAUGAAGAUGACUACCAGAUGGCGAGUGAGGAGGCGGAGGAAAGGAAAAAGCAUUUGGAAUAUGACGACUAUUGA